AUGGCAGAAGUGGAAGUUGUUAAAUCAUCAGCAAUUCCAACAAUCUGUUCAACGGCAACAUGGUCUGAAAAUGCAACAACAGUUGCAGGUGGGAACGGCGGUGGUGCAGCAUUAAAUCAGCUCAAUGAGGCAGCUGAUUUGUUUUUGGAUAGUCGUAACAACAAUGUAUAUGUGGCAGAUUAUUCCAAUAGUCGUAUUGUAGAGUGGGCACCCGGUGCUUUGACUGGCAAAAUUGUAGCUGGUGGAAAUGGCAAUGGUUCAGCUUCAAAUCAGUUGCAUUAUCCAACAGCGGUGUUUGUAGAUGAAAAUGAUUAUAUUUAUAUUGCAGAUGAUAGAAAUGAUCGAAUACAAAAGUGGAUGAAGGGAUCUAUGAGUGGUCAAACAGUAAUAGGUCAACAUGGUGUAGGUCCCAGUAACAACCAGUUUAACAAGUGUUGGAGUCUUUUUGUUGAUCAACGUGGAAAUAUUUAUCUAUCAGAUUACAAUAAUCAUCGAGUGAUGCAAUGGGAUGUCGGAGCAACUACAGGCAUUGUCGUUGCAGGCGGGAAUGGUAAUGGUAGCAAUCCUAAUCAAUUAAACUUUCCAGAAGGUAUUUUUGUCGAUGAUAGUGGCAAUAUUUUUAUAGCAGAUUCGUUUAAUCAUCGUAUUCAAAAAGUGUUACCAAAUUCAUUGAAUGGGGUAACAGUGGCCGGAGGAAAUGGAAACGGGCCCAACUUAAAUCAGCUUGGUUUUCCAGGAGGAGUUGCAGUUGAUAGAAACGGGUCUAUUUAUGUGUCUGAGUGGGACAAUAAUCGUGUGGUGAAAUGGCUUGCGGGUGCAACAACUGGAAUGCUAGUAGCUAGCCACAUACCUGACGCAAGAGGAGUGCAAUUUGAUAAAACUGGUAAUUUAUAUGUAGUUGAUAACGUUAAUCAUCGUGUUCAAAAGUUUAGUAUUAAUAAUUAUUGUUCUACUGCAGUAGCGAAAGCCUGGAAUUACUCAGCUUUACUCAUGAUGUUGUGGUAA